AUGUUCUCCGCCCCGGACGCCAUGGCGGCUCCGCUGUCAUAUGCAGCCAAAAUCUUGGUUGCCGUGACACGAGCUAGCGUCGGUGGCAGGCAGACAUCUUCGGAACCCCUCGACCCUUUAGAGUACCAACGCGAAAGGUGGCGGCCGAUUAAGGUACACCAGGAACAAGACGAAUAUCUGUGCGAUUUAAGUCGAUCGUUUCACGCUAUACCAGUUGCGGAAGAUCGCCAAGGUCGCAGACUUGUUCACCCUGGAUGCCGAUGUGUGCUAUAUCGGUUAGCUAAAUCCACCCGCGGCAGACCUCGAGAUGCCCAGGAUGAAUUACGACUGGUAGUACCAAUUACCCUGAGAGAAGAUAUCCUGCACUAUGCCCAUGAGAACUUUCAAGGCGGACACCAGGGCAUCAAAUGGACUCACGAAAAAUUGCGCUCUGAAUUCUAUUGGCCCGGGAUGUACGCAGACGUGGAACGACAUGUCAUGGAGUGUGUGGAUUGUGCGAGUGGUAAGGGAUACCCAGCUAACCCCGGCCCAUCUCCUGGAAAACUUGAGCCAAGGCGACCAUUUGAAGUGGUCUCGAUGGAUUUCGUGACGCACAUGCCAAAGUCAUAG